UUUACUAGGUUGAAUUGAUCUGGGUGAGCAGAGUACUUCCCGCGCCAAAAGAACAACGUGAAAAUAUAGUUAAUUCGCGACAGAGGCAAUGCUGGUCCCUGAUGACCGCUCUGUAUCUCAGUGUGCGCUAUCUUGGAAUACUAUAUGCUGUCGUCAGCAUGCUGUCCAGUGUUCCGACAAUCUCGGGGACUGAUGUAGUGAGCCAGAUUAUAUCUGUCGUACUAGAUUGGAUGAGUGCCGUCGUAAAUGCAAUACUGGGCGUCAUCAUGAUUGCUCGGUUACAUGCCAUGUACCAGCGGUCCAGAAAUGUCCUGAUAGUUCUCGUUAGCGUCUUCCUGGCUGUCAACAUCACCAAUGCAGUGCUCACCACAAUAGUAACGGUGCAUACUUCAGGGGAGGAGCUCAUUCUCUCAGGCACCUAUCAGUGCACGUUUCAAAACUCCGAGGAAAAUGCCCUACUUCUGGGUACCAUGACUUGGAUACUCAUCACUGUAUGGGAAGUCCUCGCACUAGGUCUCGCAGUCUGGAUUGCUAUAAAACGCUUCCGUGAACUGCGGCGAUCAUCGAGAGGAUGGAUUAUCGGGGACUGUUUCACAGCGUUGAUGAAAACUCACGCAGUUUACUUUGCGAGUUUUGUUGCUGUUUCUUGCCUCAACCUCCUUUAUUUGUCUCCGUCGAUCUCAGGGGACUCAUUUUCCCUGGCAACUCAGAUUUAUCUUGGUUUCCUUCAAAUUUUCGAGCUCGUACAGAUGUUUAUGCUGGGACCGCGCUUGAUUCUUAGCGUUCGAGAGUUUAACGCUAAGCUCGUGGCCGACACCAAUACAGGAAGCGCCAUGACUUCAAUUGCUUUCCAGGAGCGUGUGCAGUGUGUCAACUGGCAGUGGUGUGUAGGCUUGAGAUGUCAGUAAUCGGCAUUCAUUGGAUAUGUAUAUGGUUUUGAUGGACAGUAUAACACAUGUAUGAGAAAGAAUAAAAAAAUACGUAUAUGCUGCAGCGAGCGAGCGUCUUCAGUGAGAAGAGAUGGAAAGAAUGAUGUACCGAAAGCAGCACGACGUAGUUGACGAUCACAAUGAUGAUGGCGCCGACCAAGAAUCCAGGAGUUUAGUCCGCAUGAAACAAUCAAAAUGAUCAUACGGAGAAACGCAAGACCCGUCACGACAAAUAAAAAACCAAACGCUAGAUCAAACAUAACAAAAAUGAACCCAAGAUCAUGUAGAUAACGUAGACG